AUGUUGCUGGCUCCAGGCACCCCUCCUAUUCAUGUUACAAAAGAUGAUGAUGAUUUGGUUGAAGAUGAAAAUCAUGAUGGGGAGGAGGAUGAUGGGGAGGAGGACGAUGGGGAGGAGGAUGAUGGGGAGGAGGAUGCUGAUAUCUCUAUUUUUGCUGAAGCGGACGAGAAUGGUGAGGAUUACAAUGUUUAUGGAAAGGUUGAAGAUGAAGAUGAGGAAGAUGAUGAUAUGUGUUUUGAAGAUUUCAAAAAGAUUAAAGGAGGAAGAUCGAAUGGUAACAAUAUCUAUGUCAACCAGAGUUUUGUUAGCAAGGAUGCACUGCUUUCAGAGCUGCGGUUGACAGCAGUAAGGCUUAGGUUCUCCUUCAGAAUAUACAAGUCAACGAAAACUCUCCUUGUGACAACAUGUCCGGUAAGUAGUUGUGAAUGGAAGAUCAGAGCGAAUGUGAAAUAUGGGACAAACACGUUUUGGGUAACAAAGCUUUUCAUUGAUCGUGUUGGAAUCAUUGAUGGGUUGAAUCAGCAGCAUAUCACUCAUGCAAUGAAGAACAUGUUUGGCAUGAAGCUUGAUUACACCACUUCAUACAUAGCACUUUUAUAUGCACAAACAUUGGUGAGAGGAUCAGCAGAAGAUGGGUAUUCGCGUCUGCCAUCAUAUCUCGAGCAAAUCUCCUUAGCAAAUCCCGAUUUUAUCACAGCUAUAGAACUUGAUUCUAUCAAUAGAAUAAAGUGUCUAUUUCUCUCUUUUGGAGCUUCUAUCAAAGGUUUUAAGUAUCAGAGAAGGGUGAUUGUGGUGGAUGAGACUCACCUAAGUGGGAAGUAUGGAGAUGCUGAAGAUGAACCUUCGUGGGAAUGGUUUUUCACAAAAUUGGCUAGUUGUGUAUCUGAUGAGCAGCCUCUGGUGAUAGUCUUCGACCGGCACACAGCCAUUAAAAGUGCGUGUGAUAAGGUGUUUCCUUGGGCAACCCGAGGAAUAUGUUAUUAUCACCUUCAAGAUAACAUUGUCAAAAAGUAUAAAGGAAAACAUCUCUUGUACUUGGUGAAAGGUGCUGCUUAUGCUCAUACGGUUUUAGAUUUUGACCAGUACAUGGCUGAGAUACGGAGUGCAAACCCGACCUUGCAACGUAUUUGGAGAAUGCCGACGUCAGCCUAUGGUCAAGGGUUUAUUCGAGCUAGAGGAUUUUCGAUUCAGUUCAUGUUGGAGUUCAUAAGGGAGAAACUAGGAAACUGGUUUUUGAAAAGGAGAGAAGAUGCUUUGAGUCUCCCAACUCAACAUAGUUGGGGUGUUGAAUACUUGCUUGCUGUUCGAUCGGAGAUAGCGGAUACGAUGACGGUACAACCAAUUGAUGGAUGGCGAUUCUUUGUGAAAGGUGGCAAAAUGGACUCUGUGGUUGAUUUGGAACAUGGAAAGUGUGAUUGUGGUGUCUAUGCAAUGGAGAAAAUACCUUGCUCUCAUGCUAUAGCUGCUGGAACAUCUGCGAGUUUGCAUAUCUCCACACUUGUAUAUCCAGUGUACUCAAAAGGAUUUUCUGUUUGA